UCCUCCUCCUCUCUCUUUCUCGCCUCGCAUCCCACCCCACCCCACCCCACCACCCUCCUCACCCCCCGCCCCGAAUCCGCUCGGGCGCCUCGCCACCCGGGCCCGAUUGCUUCCUCCUCGUGGUGGGCGCCGCUCCGAUCCGCCCGAUCCGCGCUGCUCCUGGGGCUCCGGCGCGCGGCGAGCGGGGGCGGGGGCGGGGGCGGGGCGGCGAUGGACUCCGAGGACGACAUGCUCGACGCGAACGACUCCGCCGACGACGACUUCUACAGCGGCGGGGAGGCCGGGCUCGGCGGGAGCGACGACGGCGACGGCGACUACGACUUCGCCGACCACGACUCCGACGAUUCCGCGGAGCUCCUCUCGCACCGGCAGCAGCAAAAUUACAGUAUACUAAGUGAAGCUGAUAUACAGCAGCACCAAGAGGAUGAUAUAAAUAGGGUUUCAACUGUUCUUUCAAUUUCAAAGUCAGAAGCAUGUGUUCUUCUUCGUAACUAUAACUGGAGUGUUAGUAAGGUGCACGAUGAAUGGUUUGCUGAUGAAGAACAUGUUCGUAAGGUUGUUGGUUUGCUGGAAAAGCACACUGAAAUGCCAAAUGACAGAGAAUUGACGUGUGGAAUUUGCUUCGAAAGUUGUCCUCGCACGUCAAUGAGUGCCGCUGCAUGUGGCCAUCCUUUCUGUGGUGCAUGUUGGAGAGGUUACAUUAGCACUUCUAUCAAUGAUGGUCCAGGAUGCUUGAUGUUGAGAUGUCCUGAUCCGUCCUGCACAGCUGCUGUUGGUCAAGAUAUGAUCAACUCACUGGCUGACGACGAGGAUAGGGAAAAGUAUGGACGAUAUCUUCGCAGAUCUUACAUUGAAGAUAAUAGGAAGACAAAAUGGUGUCCUGCUCCUGGAUGUGAAUAUGCCGCAGAAUUUGUCAUGGGCAGUGGCAGCUAUGAUGUGAACUGCAACUGUUCAUAUGGUUUUUGUUGGAACUGUACCGAGGAAGCUCAUCGUCCGGUAGACUGUGCAACUGUUUCGAAGUGGAUCCUCAAGAACAGUGCAGAGUCUGAGAAUAUGAACUGGAUUCUAGCUAAUUCAAAGCCUUGUCCUAAGUGCAAGCGCCCCAUUGAAAAAAAUCAGGGAUGCAUGCACAUUACAUGCACACCUCCAUGCAAAUUUGAGUUUUGCUGGCUGUGUCUUGGUCCAUGGUCUGAGCAUGGAGAGCGGACUGGUGGAUUUUAUGCUUGUAACCGUUAUGAGGCAGCAAGGCAAGAAGGAGCGUAUGAUGAAUCUGAAAGGAGAAGAGAAAUGGCAAAGAACUCGCUUGAGAGAUAUACACACUAUUAUGAACGGUGGGCAGCCAAUCAGUCGUCGAGGCAAAAGGCACUAGGAGAUCUGCUGAGUCUGCAGAACGACAAGCUUGAAAAGUUAAGUGAUAUACAAAGUCAACCAGAGUCGCAGCUGAAGUUCAUCAUAGAGGCUUGGCUACAGAUUGUCGAAUGUAGGAGGGUAUUGAAAUGGACUUAUGCCUAUGGCUUUUACCUCCCAGAGCAUGAGCAUGCCAAAAGACAGUUCUUUGAAUAUCUGCAAGGUGAGGCGGAAUCAGGCCUGGAGCGGCUGCAUCAAUGUGCAGAGAAAGAACUUCAAGUAUACCUUGAAGCAGAAUCUCCCUCAAAAGAUUUCAAUGACUUCCGUACAAAGUUGGCUGGAUUAACAAGUGUGACUCGCAAUUAUUUCGAGAAUCUUGUCCGAGCUUUGGAGACUGGAUUAAAUGAUGUAGGUCCUUCCACUAGCCAUGGAACAUGCAGCAAGAGCACAACUUCUAAGUCUCUUGGUGGUAAAAGUAAGAGUGGCAAGAGCAGAGCAUCCAAUACCAGCUCCAAAACAGGUGGCUCAAGCCGUGGUGUUGAUGAAAGCAACAUUUGGACGUGUGAUCACUGCACAUGUGCUAACCCCAAAUCUGCCAGAAGCUGCCAGGCCUGUAACAACCAGCAUCGAUAGCGUUACAUAGUCUUGGUUUUAGGUCUCGACUCCAUUGGUCGAGAAACAUCUGGUCAAACCCGGUGGUAAACAUCAUAUGCAAAAUUGUUGUCACUGAUCAGUGGAGCUGGCGUGAGGAGGUAUUAGCUGGGGAUUGUUGCAUGCAAAAGUAGAUUUUCUCAACUAAUCAUGUCCAAUGGUUGAGAAACUGGUGAUACCCAAUUGUUUUAUCAACUAACGGUACCCUUGAAGCCCUUGCUCAUCAUCUAGUUCAUCCUGUAUAUAAUAACUCUAUAUCGAUAUCUGUAACUCUUGUGUUGUUCUAUGGAAGUAGCGCGUACCAGCAGAUGUGCGCCGCCAAUGGACUGAGUUGUUGUAAUGAUGUUGUCACCUUUGUAAUAAUGAAUUCACCGAUUCUCAAGGAAAUUCAUUUAUCUUGUUCCAAAAUGCAAAUGCAAAUUUUGAGUUAA